AUGAAUCUGUUCAAUGCGGCGAUACGUCCGGUGAGUCUUUGGAUUUCUUUGGAGGAUGUCGGCGAUGGGAGGUCGAGGAUUGCCGAGAUCUGCUUCGGGUUUGCCUCUAUCCCGCGUUGGGUCACAACAUACCCGAGGAAUUCUCGAGGUGACGGCGAAUGUGCAUUUCGCGGGGUUCAGCUUCAUCCCGUAUUUCUCCAAGAUUCGGAAACAUUCGUCGUGGUGCUUGACGUGAUCUUCGGCCUGGCAGAUUUGACUAGCAUGUCGUCGAUAUAG